UCCUAAAGAGAUUGCGGGCGGAUGUGAGUCCGGAAGAGGAACGAAACAAUUGUGUGUUCCCUUUUAGUUUUUGCACUUGCAGGAAAGACAGUGCCUCUGACUGAGGAAGACAGUUACCUGAGACAUGUGGAGUGAUAUUGAGCUGCUAACAAGUGAUGAUACAGGAAGUGGGUACCUAAGUAUUGAUCCAAGGAAAGAAAAUGGAGCCGCUUUGUAUCAAGUAGAUUUGCUUUUGAAGAUCUCUUCUGAAAAGGCCUCAUUAAAUCCAAAGAUUCAAGCAUGUAGCUUGAGCGAUGGGUUUAUAGUUGUAGCAGACCAAUCAGUGAUACUGCUCGACAGUAUUUGUAAAUCACUUCAGCUGCAUCUUAUAUUUGAUACUGAAGUGGAUGUAGUUGGCCUGUGUCAUGAAGGGAAGUUUCUUUUAGUUGGGGAGAGAAAUGGCAACUUGCAUCUUAUUCAUGUAACAUCAAAGCAGACAUUACUCACCAAUGCAUUUGUUGAGAAAACUAAUGAUGAAGAUCAGCCUACUUACCGAAAUCUUAUUAUUGAAAAAGAUGGCUUGAAGGAAGGUACCUAUUAUAUGUUGCUUCUUACAAACAACGGAUUUUUUUAUAUUACAAACCUUCAGCUUAUAAAAAUUCAGCAAGCGAUUGAGAAUGUAGAUUUGGAUACAGCCAAAAAAUUACAGGGACAGAUCAGUUCCAGUUUUAUUUCUACUGAAAAUUAUCAUACUCGUCGUUGUCUUAGUGUUGUGGCUGGAGAUUUAGCAAGUGAAACUCCUGUGAUAAUUGGGGGAACUGGUAAUUGUGUCUUCUCAAAAUGGGAACUAGACUCUUCCAAAAAAGAAAUGACAGCUAAGAACCUUAUUGAUGCAGAAAUUAUUAAAGGCGCAGUGAAGUUCCAGCUGAUUGACAAUCUACUUUUUGUUCUUGAUACUGAUAACGUGCUGAGUCUGUGGGAUAUUCACACUCUCACUCCCGUAUGGAGCUGGCCCUCUCUUCACAUAGACGAAUUCCUUCUUACCACUGAAGCAGAUUCGCCUUCGUCAGUCACCUGGAACAAAAAGGAUACCAUUUACCUUCUGGAAGGAAUUCACAAAAGUGAUCCAAAAUUCUCUGAAGACUCCAUCUCCGUGUUAGUGCUCAGGUAUCUCACAGAAGCUUUACCAGAAAACAGAUUGAGCCGGUUGCUUCACAAACAUAGAUUUGCAGAAGCUGAGAGCUUUGCCAUUCAGUUUGGACUAGAUGUUGAGCUUGUGUACAAGGUAAAAGCAAAUGAUAUACUGGAAAAACUAGCUUUGAGUUCUGCGGACACCAGUGAGCAGACCGGCUGGCAGCACCUUGUAGAGGAAGCAAAGGAAAAUCUGCAUAAAAUCCAGGAUGAUGAGUUUGUGGUGAAUUACUGCCUAGAGGCUCAGUGGAUAACCUACGAAACUACCCAGGAGAUGCUCAGCUACGCGAGAACCAGGCUUUUGAAGAAAGAAGAUAAAACCGCUCCCCUUUAUUCUGAUGGCUUGGUAGAGGUACUAAGGGCUCAUGCAAAGUUAACUACUUUUUAUGGAGCAUUUGGACCAGAAAAUUUCAGUGGGAGUGCGUGGAUUGAAUUCCUGAAUAAUGAAGAUGAUCUUAAAGAUAUUUUGCUACAGCUAAGAGAAGGGAACCUUGUUUGCGCGCAGUAUCUUUGGCUAAGAAAUCGGGCAAACUUUGAAAGCAAGUGUGAUGUGAAAAUGCUUGAGAACUUGCUGAACUCAAUUUCUAUGCCAGUCUCUUUGCAAAAUCUUUGUCCCUGGCUUAAAAACGAGGUGGUCCCAUUUGUGAGGAGGACUAUACCUGAAGGACAGAAAAUUCUUGCAAAAUGGUUGGAGCAAGCAGCCAGGAACCUUGAAUUAACCGAUAAGGCAAACUGGCCCGAAAAUGGACUUCAGCUGGCAGAGGUAUUUUUCACAGCAGAAAGAACAGAUGAAUUGGGAUUGACUUCCUCUUGGCACUGGAUAUCUUUGAAGGAUUACCAGAACACAGAGGAAGUGUGUCAGUUACAGGCUUUGGUGAACAACUUGAGGGAGCUGAUCACCCUGCAUAGGCAAUACAACUGCAGACUGGCCCUCUCUGACUUAGAGAAGGAUUUACUAAAGAGGUGUAGCUCAAAGUCCACGUCCCUCUUCGACACAGCUUGGGAGGCCAAGGCUAUGGCCGUUAUUGGAUGCUUGUCUGACACAGACCUCAUCUUUGAUGCAGUGCUGAAGAUCAUGUACAAGGCUGUGGUUCCCUGGAGCGCGGCCGUGGAGCAGCUGGUGAAGCAGCACCUGGAGAUGGACCACCCCAAAGUCAAGUUAUUACAGGAAAGUUACAAACUAAUGGAGAUGAAGAAACUCUUGAGAGGGUAUGGAAUAAGAGAAGUGAAUCUCUUAAACAAUGAAAUAAUGCGGGUGGUCAGGUACAUCCUCAAACAGGAUGUCCCGUCUUCAUUAGAGGACGCCCUGAAGGUGGCCCACGGGUAUCGGUUGUCUGAUGACGAAAUCUACAGUUUGAGAAUUAUUGACCUGAUUGAUAGAGAACAGCGCGAAGACUGCCUCCUGCUGCUGAGGUCUCUGCCUCCUGCUGCAGCAGAGAAAACUGCAGAAAGAGUCAUCAUCUGGGCACAACUGGCCUUGCACGAGGAGCCAGACUGCUCGGCAGAGGACCAGGCCUGGAGAAUCUCUGUGGCAAAGACAUCCGUGGACAUUCUUAAAAUACUGUGCGACGUUCACAAAGACAAUCUCCAGAAGAAGGAUGAGUAUGAAGAAACCCUGAAACGAUUUAAAAUGGUUGCUGGCCUGCAGGAGAACUUUGAGGUCUUUCUUUCCUUUGAUGAUUAUGGCGACAGUGCCCUCUUAGCUGAUCUUCAUGAACAGUACGUUAACACCCGCGAAGAUGCCCAGGAGAAGCCGGGCUUGAGCACCAGGUCCAAGCUGCACAGACAGGCCCUGGCCCUGCAGGUGUCUGCCCAGGAGCUGGAGGCAGAGCUGGCGUGGAGAGCCUUACGGAGCGAGAACAUUGGAGUGGCGCUGAACAGAUGCAGGGACUUGUUUAAGUAUCAUAGCAAUGCCGACACAGGGAGGUUCCUGUUUGUGAUGUGUCACAAGCUUUGUCAGAUGUUGGCUACUAAUGUCCUGGUGACAGCACCUGUGGGCCUCAAUCUUCCUUCUGAGAUACAUGACCUGGCGUGCCAGGCUGCCACCAUCUGCAGUCCAGAUUUUUUACUAGAUGCUUUGGAACUGUGUAAAUAUACUUUAAUAGCGGUGGAGCUUUCUCGACAAUGCCAAAUGGAUGACUGUGGAAUCCUAAUGAAAACUUCUUUCGGAACUCAUAAAGACCCAUACGAGGAGUGGUCUUACAGUGACUUCUUCAAUGAAGAUGGAAUUGUUCUUGAAUCACAGGUGGUACUACCAAUAAUUUACGAGUUGAUUUCAUCUCUUGUCCCUCUUGCAGGAAACAAAAGAUACCCCUUGGAUUCUACAAGUUUGCCCUACUGCUCCAUUAGUGAAGGAGACAACCUUAUUUUACCCAUUAUCCGUUCCAUUUCUGCUCUGCUUGAGAACCUUCAGGAAUCCAGCCAGUGGGAACUGGCCCUGAAAUUUGUGGUUGGUUCCUUUGGUACCUGUCUCCAGCACUCUAUGUCAAACUUCAUGAAUGCUAGUCUGAGUGAAAAGUUACUUGGAGAAACCACAUUAGUUAACUCAAGGCAUACUGUUAUGGACUUGAAAGAAAAAUCUGCAGUGUUCAUCAGGGGAAAUGUCACAACGCUGCUACACAAAGUAUUUAAUUGUCGCCUAGUGGAUCUUGACCUGGCUUUGGGUUACUGCACUCUCUUACCUCAAAAAGAUGUGUUCGAAAACCUCUGGAAUCUCAUAGAUAGAGCAUGGCAGAAUUAUGACAAAAUUCUGGCAAUAUCUUUGGUGGGUGCUCAGCUGGCCAGCCUCUAUCAAGAAGUCGAAAUAGGGCUUCAGUUCCAUGAACUGAGCACGGAUGCCAAGUGGGGUGUUCGUCUUGGUAAACUUGGGAUUUCUUUUCAACCAGUUUUCAGGCAACAUUUCCUCACCAAGAAAGACCUCAUUAAAACUCUUGUGGAGAAUGUAGAUAUGGACACAAGCCUCAUUCUGGAAUAUUGCAGUACCUUCCAGCUGGACUGCGAUGCGACGCUUCAGCUGUUCAUCGAAACGCUGCUCCACAGCACUGACACCAGCCCGAGCCCCGGGGAUGCAGACCCGGCGUCUGCAAAGCAGCAGCACUCCAAACUCUUGGCCAAAGUCAGCGACAUGGUUCCCUUACUGACGAGCACUAAAGAUUUGGUCAUCAGUCUUAGUGGAAUACUACGCAAGCUGGAUCCCUAUGACUAUGAAAUGAUUGAAGUUGUCCUGAAAGUUAUAGAAAGAGCUGAUGAAAAGAUAACUAAUAUUAAUAUUAAUCAGGCAUUGAGUCUUCUGAGACACCUGGAGUCGUACAGAAGGAUUUCCCCGCCAGUGGAUCUAGAAUAUCAGUAUAUGUUGGAGCACGUCGUCACCCUGCCGCCGGCGGCCCACACGAGACUGCCUUUCCACCUUAUCCUGUUUGGCACGGCACAGAACUUCUGGAAAAUUCUCUCUUCAGAACUCAGCGAGGAGUCCCUCCCAACCCUGCUCUUAAUCUCCAAGUUAAUGAAGUUCUCUCUAGAUACUCUCUACGUUUCUACAGCCAAACAUGUUUUUGAGAAAAGCCUAAAGCCCAAGCUCCUGAAGUUAAUACAAGCCAAGUCCUCGGUACUGAUGAACAAGGAGGUAGCCAGGGUCACGCAGACCAUCGAGUCCUACCUGCUGUCCAUCGUCAACCCGGAGUGGGCUGUGGCCAUUGCCAUCACUCUCGCCCAGGAAAUCCCCGAAGGCUCCUUCAAGAUGUCCAGCUUGAAGUUCUGCCUGUAUUUGGCUGAGAGGUGGCUGCAGAACAUCCCACCUCAGGAUGAGACACGAGAAAAGGCCCAGGCUUUGUUGAAGAAGCUUCACCUCCAGUUCCGGCGCUCGGGCACAGAGGCUGUGCUCAUAGCCCACAAGCUGAACACCGCAGAGUACCUGCGAGUGAUUGGAAAGCCAGCCCACCUCAUUGUCAGCCUCUACGAGCACCCCAGCAUCAACGAGAGGAUGCAGAAUGCCUCUGGCAGAGAUUAUCCUGACAUUCAUACAGCAGCUAAAGAAAUAGCUGAAGUUAAUGAAAUUAAUUUGGAAAAAAUCUGGGACAUGUUGCUGGAAAAAUGGCUGUGCCCUGAGCCAGCGCCUGGUGAGACCCUCUCUCAAAAAAACAAAAACCAAACCCAAAAUAAACGUAAUUCAAAUUGUUUUUUCCACAGAGUCGUUUAUCUCCUGCUGUCUCGCCCGAUGGAUUCUAGUUCAAGAAUGCUGUUUGUAUGUGCAACGUCAGCUACAAGCAGCCUGGGCAUGCGUCAGUUAACUUUUGCCCAUAAAACACGAGCUCUUCAGUGUCUUCUCUACUUGGCUGACAAGGAAACUGUAGAAUCUCUCUUCAAAAAACCCAUGGAAGAUGUAAAGUCUUAUUUGAAAUGUAUAACUUUUCUGGCCUCGUUUGAGACAUUGAAUAUCCCCAUCACCUAUGAGUUAUUCUGCCACAGUCCUAAAGAAGGAAUGAUUAAGGGCCUAUGGAAAAACCACAGCCAUGAGCCGAUGGCAGUCAGAUUGGUGGCAGAGCUCUGUUUAGAAUACAGAAUCUAUGACCUGCAGCUUUGGAAUGGACUCUUGCAAAAGCUUCUUGGCUUCAGCAUGAUUCCUUACCUAAGGAAAGUUUUAACAGCCAUCUCUAGGAUCCAUUCAUUAUGGCAGGUCCCCUGCUUCGGCAGAGCUUGGCAGCACGUGAUACAGAUGCCCCUCCUCUCAGCCUCUUAUCCCUUAAGGCCCAGUCAGUUAACAGAUUGCUGUAGGAGUCUCAUUGCUGUUCUAGAAUGUCCAGUUUCAGAUGACCUCGACAUGAUGGGAGUCGCGAGGCAGUACAUCCAGUUAGAGCUUCCAGCCUUUGCCUUAGCGUGUCUGAUGCUCAUGCCCCACUCCGAAAAGAGAAAGUAUCAAAUUCAGAAUUUUCUGGACUCAUGCAAUCCUCAGAUCAUUUUACAGCAAUUAGAAGAACAUAUGAAUUCUGGACAGUUAGCAGGAUUUGCACAUCAAAUUAGAAGCCUGAUUCUGAAUAAUAUCAUAAAAAAGAAGGAAUUUGGGAUUUUGGCAAAGACAAAAUACUUUGAAGUGCUAAAAUUGCACAUGAUGAAUACCGACAGCAUCACUGCGCUAGUCAACUAUUUGGCCAGUGACUUAAGCGUGGACGCAGCGUCGGCCGUGGUCAGUGAGUAUGCAAAGCGUUGCGGCAAGCUCGUACCCCCGGAUGCAGCCCCUGGUGAAAUCCUGAAGAUGUUCCUUAAUGGAUUAUAGUAAAUCAUCAAUCCUUUU